AUGAAGGGGAGCACAGCCUUCCUGCUGGUGACCGUCACCUUGCUCUUUGUCUGCCGGCUUGCCACAGGGGAGGACACCACUGAGUUUUUCAUGGACUUCCUGCAAACGCUGCUGGUGGGGUCCCCAGACGAGAUCUAUGAGGGGCCCCUGAGCAAGUACGACGUCAACGCAGAUGCCAGGGCAGCGAUGACUGAGCUCAAAUCCUGCAUCGAUGGCCUGCAGCCCAUGCACAAGGCAGAGCUGGUCAAGCUGCUGGUGCAGGUGCUGGGCAGCCAGGACGCCUGA